AUUUGAAACUAACUUGAUCGGCACUUUCAAAAAUCUUUUUCAUUUAUUUUGAUAUUUUAGGAAAUAAAUCUCCCUUUUUUCCCAAUCGAUCUGCCCAAGUAAAAAUCCCCACUUUCCCUACUCUUCCAGGUGACCCUUCAUCCUGGAAUCAGGCAAAACAUUAAUUAAAAUUGUUGUUUUAAUUUCAGCGUCAUUUUUUAUUCUUUUAAAAGUAAUUCGAGGAACCCUAGUUUCCCCAACUUGAAAGAAGUUCAAAUUUCUUUUGCUAUGAAACUUAGUGAAAAGUUCAAGCUUGUGGACAAGCCGAUUUCCAAUCAGUAGAUUUUGCAUUGAACUCGUGCCCUGAAACGCCUGAGACGAUGCCGUUGUCGUUCUUGGUCAACAAAUUUUGUGGGGAUUACAUUUAUGAACUGCAAUGACAUAUAAUGGCAUCACAAGCUUAUCAUCUUCUCUUAAGGUAGUUAGGUACUGAAUGCUGUAAAGCACAGAAAACAUGGGAGACGGAAAUAACACCUCAGGCAGAGGCAUUGCAGCCAACAAUACUCCAUCCGGCAACAGUGAGAAGCCGGAGUGGCUGCAACAGUACAAUCUGCUCGGCAAAAUUGGUGAAGGUACUUAUGGUCUUGUGUUUCUUGCUAGAAUCAAGUCUCCAACAAACCGUGGAAAAUGCAUUGCUAUUAAGAAGUUCAAGCAGUCCAAGGAUGGGGAUGGUGUCUCCCCCACUGCCAUCCGAGAAAUCAUGUUGCUCCGGGAGAUUUCACACGAGAAUGUUGUGAAGCUUGUGAAUGUGCACAUUAAUCACGCAGAUAUGUCAUUAUACCUGGCUUUUGAUUAUGCUGAAUAUGACCUCUAUGAAAUCAUUAAGCACCACAGGGACAAGGUUAAUCAUGCCAUGAACCAAUACACUGUUAAGUCAUUGCUCUGGCAGCUGCUUAAUGGACUGAACUAUCUCCACAGCAACUGGAUCAUACAUCGAGAUCUAAAGCCGUCAAAUAUAUUGGUUAUGGGUGAAGGUGAAGAACAAGGGGUUGUCAAAAUUGCUGAUUUUGGACUUGCAAGGAUUUAUCAAGCUCCCUUGAAGCCAUUAUCUGAAAAUGGUGUAGUUGUAACUAUUUGGUACCGUGCACCUGAAUUGCUUCUUGGUGCAAAGCACUAUACCAGUGCAGUUGAUAUGUGGGCUGUUGGAUGUAUUUUUGCUGAGCUUUUGACUUUGAAGCCACUUUUUCAAGGUGCAGAAGCCAAAUCUACACCAAAUCCUUUUCAACUGGAUCAGCUGGACAAGAUAUUUAAGAUCUUAGGCCAUCCCACCCUGGAAAAGUGGCCUACGCUUGCAAGUCUUCCACAUUGGCAAUCAGAUGUGCAGCACAUUCAAUCACACAAAUACGAAAAUGCUGGACUUCACAGUGUUGUUCAUCUUUCUCCGAAGAGUCCUGCAUUUGACCUUUUAUCUAGGAUGCUUGAAUAUGAUCCUCGUAAGCGUAUAACUGCUGCACAGGCCUUAGAGCAUGAGUACUUCAGAAUUGAGCCCUUACCAGGUCGCAAUGCACUGGUACCCAGCCAGCCAGGAGAGAAAAUAGUCAAUUAUCCUACUCGUCCGGUGGACCAGAAUACUGAUUUUGAAGGGACAACCAGCAUUCAGCAACCACCGCAACCUGUGUCAUCUGGAAAUGUAGCUGGUGGCAUGGGUGCCCAUGUAGGGAGAAAUGGAUCUGUGAAUCGGCCCAUGCCACCUCCUCCCAUGCAGAGAAUGCCACAGGGCAUUAUGGCUUAUAAUUUCUCAUCACAGGCUGGAGUGGGUGGUGGAAUAAAUCCAGGAGGCAUGCCAAUGCAACGAAAUCUUGCUGCCCAAGCUCAUCAGCAGCAACAGUUGAGAAGGAAAGAUCCAGGAAUGGGCAUGACUGGAUACCCUCCGCAGCAAAAAUCAAGACGCAUGUAAGAAAAUUAACUUCUGAUAUGUUAAUCAUCUGAAUGUAAUUGAGUACAGUGUUGUAUUCUUUCAAUUUCAGUAUAUUAUUAAGCUUAUUUCAUGGAA